GUGGGCAUAUAUAGGGGCACAGCCUGAGAGCCUCUUCCCACUGCCAGCUGCUCCCUCGAGAUGAAGGUGGCUGUGGGCCCAGACCCUUCCCUGGUCUACCGGCCAGACAUGGACCCAGAGAAAGCCAAAGACAAGGGCAGCUUCCGAAACUAUGAGGCUGGCCCGCUCCUGGACCAGGUCUUCGCCACCUACAAGCUCAUGCACACCUAUCAGACAGUGGACUUCGUCAGGAAGAAGCACAUCCAGUUUGGGGGCUUCUCCUACAAGAAGAUGACUGUCCUGGAGGCUGUGGACAUGCUGGACGAGCUGGUGGACGAGUCGGACCCGGAUGUGGACUUCCCCAAUUCCUACCAUGCCUUCCAGACAGCCGAGGGCAUCCGGAAAGCCCACCCUGACAAGGACUGGUUCCACCUCGUGGGGCUGCUGCAUGACCUGGGGAAGGUCCUGGUUCUGGCAGGGGAGCCGCAGUGGGCCGUCGUUGGAGACACCUUCCCGGUCGGCUGCCGGCCGCAGGCCUCUGUGGUUUUCCGUGAAUCUACCUUCCAGGACAACCCGGACCUCCAGGAUCCUCGAUACAGCACGGAGCUCGGCAUGUACCAGCCUCACUGCGGGCUGGAGAACGUCCUCAUGUCCUGGGGCCACGACGAAUACAUGUACCAGGUGAUGAAGUUCAACAAAUUCGCUCUUCCCCCGGAGGCCUUCUACAUGAUUCGCUUCCACUCCUUCUACCCUUGGCACACGGGCGGCGACUACUGGCAGCUGUGCAGUGAGCUCGACCUGACCAUGCUCCCCUGGGUGCAGGAGUUUAGCAAAUUUGACCUGUACACCAAGUGUCCCGAGCUGCCAGACGUGGCCACGCUGCGGCCCUAUUACCAGGGCCUCAUCGACAAGUACUGCCCAGGGGUCCUGAGCUGGUGACCAGCCUGUGCUGCCCCCACCCCUGCCCUCACCCCACCCAGGCCUGCCCAGUCUGCCCAGUGCCCCGCUCCACCUGCACACCCACAGCCAGCGCCCCCCCCCCCCCCCCCGCCUGACCGCUCUGCUCACUGCCAAUAAAGACCUUGCAGCAUC